GUGGGACCAUUGACAUUAAGGACCUUGUCAAUUUGAUUUGAUUGAUUUCUCUCAAUAGGAUCGCGUAGAAUUUGGUAUAUUUGAUUUUUUAAUCCGGAAGCUAAGAAAAAUAUUUUAAAAAUAUGUCAGUUAAGAUGAUCGAAAAUAAUACAUUCAAGAAAAAUACAACAAUCAUGAGAGCUGUGUGUGUAAGCUGAACACGUGAACUAGGAUUUUAUAAAUAUAUCCACUGAGAGAGUGAGUAGACUACGUAUACUCCAGCUCUCUACAUCUCAUCGGGUCCCGUGCACCAAAAAUAAUCAGAACGAAUACGAAUGGCUGUAGCUAAUGUGUUACUGGUAUUCAAAAAGCAAUGGCAAUGCUACAUUGUCGAUCAAAAAUAAUAAUCAUUCUAUUCAACUAAUCAGUUAAUUUAUCAAUUAAUAGACAAGUUAUUGAUGAUUAAUAAAUUUACAAAAUUUAAUUAUUAUGUAUCUGGUGAGAUAUUUUUUUUUACUAAUUAUAGCCGGUGUCUGUCUCGCACGCAAUGCACAAAUAGUCGAUCGCUGGGCGGAAAAUCUUGGUUCUGAAUUAUGGGAACUAGCAAAUGCGGUUGCACGUCCUGACGAACUUAAACUCAAAUACAAACUUAUGAAUGCACGUGUUGAGGAUAAAUCCGGAGAAGAACUUAUUGACAUAAUAAGUGAGAGCGUAGGACGUAUGUUAAGACGUAAAAUGGAUGCAGUAAGAUGUAUUCUCAAGGUAGCUGAAGAUGCUGCUGAAGAAUGGAAUUCAACAGCUGCUAGUCAUAAUAUUUCAUAUGUGUCUGGUAAAUAUAGUCCUGUUAUGGAUAAAGAUCCUCCGGUGAUUCCUUCAAAUAUGAGAAAAAAUGCCAGUGUCUAUAGAGAAAUAGAAUUGAAUCCAGACUCUCACUUCUAUAAUAUCCCAGUGAACACAAAUUAUUCAUCAGUUCAUAUCCCAACGAAUGUUUACGAUCUGUUGCCAUCAGUAAAAGACGCGAUAAAAUGGUCAGAAGCUCUAAAUGAGGUGUUCCGUCAAAACUAUAGGUCAGAUCCUGCUCUAUCUUGGCAAUAUUUUGGGUCAAUGACAGGAAUACUUCGUCAGUAUCCAGCAAUGCAGUGGAGAACCUCUAUAAAUGACAAUACCAACGCUCCAGAUCUUUACGACUGUCGCAUUCGGAGCUGGUACAUUGAAGCAGCAACUUGCAGCAAGGACAUGGUUAUACUAGUUGACUCCAGUGGCAGCAUGACUGGCAUGGGUUAUACUAUUGCUAAAGCUGUUGUCAACUCUAUUCUGGAUACGCUUUCUAAUAAUGACUUCGUCACGAUUCUACACUACACAAAUGUUACUGAUUAUGUAGUACCUUGUUUUGAAGACAAACUUAUUCAAGCAACCCCAGAAAAUUUGAAUACAUUUAGAGAAUAUAUGGAAGAAUUAGAUCCACUGGAGAAUGCUAAUUUAACACAAGCAUUUACUCAGGCAUUUGAAAUUUUAAAAACUUAUCGCGAAACGAGAGGAUGCGGUCCAGAGACACCUUGUAAUCAGCUUAUAAUGCUUGUUACUGAUGGUGUUGCUUCAAAUAUAUCCGAGGUUUUUGACGCUUGGAAUAGAUAUGAUAAUGGUACGCGCAUACCAGUACGUGUUUUUACAUAUUUGCUAGGUAAAGAAGUCACAAAAGUACGAGAAAUCCAACUUAUGGCAUGUGAAAACCGCGGGUAUUACACACACGUUCAUACUCAAGAGGAAGCACAAGAACAAGUAGUAAAAUACAUCCCAGUUGUUGCACGGCCUUUAGUACUUCAAGGCUACCAUCAUCCAGUUGUGUGGACUCAUGCUUACACCGAUGUUUCGCGCGCGAAAGGUGAAGAUCCACGUCUGGAUGCUGGAGUUUUCAAUAGUACUUUAUGGCAAGAGUACCGUCUUCUUACGUCAGUAAGUAUUCCGGUGUUUGACCGCAAAGGAAAUAGGAAUAAUGCAACGAAACAAGCAAAUCUACUGGGUGUUGUCGGUACUGAUGUUCCAAUAGAGUCAAUACAAAAGUUAACUUUACCAUUUAAACUUGGCGUUAAUGGCUACGCGUUUAUUGUCUCAAAUAAUGGAUACGUAAUACUACAUCCUGAUUUACGUCCAGUUAGCGAAGGAAGACUCAAGCUCAAUUACAAUAGCAUUGAUUUGUCGGAAGUUGAGAUACUAGAUGACGGACGGAAGCCUAGGGAUCCAGGACCGGAAGUACUUAAAUUACGACAAGCUCUAGUGGAUCAUCAGUAUGGUAGCAUGAAAGAUGUCCCCGUCAAGUUUCAUUAUGAUGACAGUAGAAGAGUUAUGUUGGAAAAACGGGAUUAUUAUUACGCACCACUACCUGGUACACCAUUUGGAAUUGCUGUUGCGAUUCCUAAUUAUGGAAAGACUUGGAUAAAGGUGACUAGUGAGAUUGAAAAAAAUCGCCAAGCAGGUAUCAAUAUCUCUGAUUUCUUUGGAAGCGAUCGUUGGCGAGUACAUCCAGGGUGGGUUUACUGUCGAUAUCACUAUUUAGAAGGCCACGAGUUCCCGAAUUCCGAAGCAGAAUUGCGAUACUUUCUCUGGCGGCUUGAGCAACCCGGUUGGAAGUGGUCCGAUCAGUAUACGGCUUAUGACAUCAGUAUGGAAGAAGAAGAAGAACCAGACUGCGGUAGACAAGUCUUGGAAGACGAUGAUUAUUAUUGCAAUGAAGAACUCGUACAGCUGUUAGUAUUUGAUGCAAAAGCAACUAAUCAAAGUUACGGUGGAGAUUUUAGUUACAAAGACGAGUAUUCUAAACGUCUUGCGGAACUUUAUAAAGUGUAUCUGAGGUAUGUCGCGACCCAGAGUGGGUUAACUAGAUGGCAGUACAUCGAGUCGGAUUAUUUGGAAGAGACAAAAGGUCCGUUAGAGUUUGGUGAUCUUCACAGACGUGCUGUCAAUGAGCCCUGGUACAAGGGAGCUAUUUUUCAACAUCAAAUUAAUCCAAAUAGUAUUUUACUGACAGUGCCUUGGAAUGCGGGGCCAGAUGCUACAGUAACAGCUUCAAUGGCAAUAUUUCCUCGUGACGGUGGCAAAAAUGCAUCAGCAGCUGUAGUUGGCUUUCAAAUGCCCAUGACGGCAUUCUAUCAAAGAUUUAUAAAUAUAACUUCGGUGACAAGCAAUCCCGAUAUGGAUUGCUCACACGUUUGGAUAGACUGCUAUUUAAUCGAUCAAAACGGUUUCGUUGUUGUAUCAGAGGCGCACAAUGACACUGGUCAGUUUUUGGGCGCCGUCGAGGGCGCUGUUAUGAAAUCAAUGGUUGUCCAGGGCUUUUUUGAGGCCGUUGAUGUUUAUGACUAUCAAGGUUUAUGCAAAGAAAUUGGACUCGAAGGUGCAGCUAGUUUUUUGACUAAUCCUCUGCGCAAUAUCUUCAAUCUCAUUACCUGGUUAUUUGUACGUACACUCUGGAUAAUGUCGCAAUUUGUAAAUAUACCGGAGACAUUUGCGAGGGUACAUUCAGAUGAAGAUUUACCAGAGAAACCUAAACCGCCGCAUGAAGUAGAAAUAACAUAUGCAUGUGAUUUAAAGAGAACUUUGUAUAUUAUGAAUCAAACGAUGGCUGUGAAUCAAAUAACUAAUUCAUCAGAACAAUGUUCACGCCCGUUUUUCGCUCAAUUAGUACCUAAUACAAAUCUUCUUCUCGUAGUCGUCGACACGCUGUUUCCCACGUGUUAUGAGCGCUUAGAAGUAUUACCCGUUCAAAUAGACCCUAGUGAAUAUACGAAUGACACUGAGCCAGCGCCAUGUCACAAGAAAAAACUAAACGAUUUACCACGUAGACGUCUUGAGAAAUGUUUUACCGAGCAUCCCGAGGAAGAUGAAAUAGACCAAUGUGGACGAGGAACAAGACUGCAUAAUUCAAUUCAUAUUAAUAUAUUAUUACUAUUUAUUUUAGUCACUCUUAAAAUUAUUUUGUAAGCCCUCCUCAAGAGUGGUAAAAAUAAUUCAAACAACUUUAAACGUCAUUUUUUCAGUUUUUUUUUUUGUAACUUGGAAUCCCCUCUGUCAAUUAUGUUAAUAUUAAUGAUUAAGCUUAAGCUCUUCGAGCUGAUGACUACCCAGUCAUC